AUGGAAACACUCCUACGCCUAGGGAAGAGCAGCGUCCCCAACCUGACCAUCGCCUCCCUCGUAGGAGGCAUCGCCGUGGCGGAGAACGCCCGGACGCUGUCGGCGGGUUGCCACGUUGCGAUCGGGACGCCCGGCCGCGUCAAGUUCUUGAUCGACAAGGGCGUGUUGGUGCCGGACACGGGCCGGCUGCUGGUGUUGGAGUCGGCCGACUGGCUCAUGGCGCCGGUGUUCAUGGAGGACGUCGAUUACGUGGUCCGGAGAUUCCCAGAGGAGAAGCAGGUGGUGCUCUCCUCCACGGUCAAGCCUUCCGUGGCGUUCGAGGAAGGGCUGUGCGAAAUCCUCGGCGUGCCGGCGCUGAAGCGCCUUGAUCCGAGCGGCGCCAUCGGGGAGGCCAAGGUCCGGAUGCCGGAACCCCCCCCGUCGCCCACGCCCUCGUCGGCGUUGCCUUCGGCAGCGGAGGCGGCGAAGGCGGCGGUGGCGAAGGCGGCGGCGGCGAAGGCGGCGGUGGCGAAGACGGCGGCGGCGAAGACGGCGGCGGCGAAGACGGCGGCGGCGAAAGCAGCGGCGACAAAAGCGGCCGCGACGAAAGCGGCGACAAUGACAAAGGCGACUGCGACGAGCGGCGGCGGCGGCGGCGGCGGCGGCGGCGGCAGCGGCAGCGGCAGCGGCUCCACCGCACCCGCACCCGCACCCGCACCCUCUAUGGCCGUCGACGGCAGGACUAACAACGGCGGCGCAAGCGCGCCGCCGAUGUUGGCGGCCAACCACAUCGACGCCUCGGGACUUUUGUCCCCCGUGGGAGGAGGCGUCAUCGUGCCACGGGAGCCCCGGCACGGGUCGCCGGAGCGGGCGGCGGCAGCGGCGGCGGCGGCGGCGGCGGCCGCCCAGGAAGCGGGCUUUGCGGCGGCGUCGGCGGUGGCGCUGAUGAAGCCCCUGCUGCCGCUGUCCCAAGACCGGCCGGCGGGCCAGCGCGCGUCGCGGCCCCGGGCGCAGCUGAAGCUCCUCCUCGAGACGAGGAAGGCUCUGAGCAUCUCCGGGGCGAUGUCGGCGACGGCGCUGCCACGGCCGAAGUCGGUUGGGACCCCGCUGAUGCAGCCGGCGCGCAGCAGAGCGGUCACCGAUGCCGACGUGGUUGCUCCCCCCGCCGCCGCCGCUGCCGACACCGAGUCCGGCCUCAAGAGACGGCAUCCCACGGUCACAAAGAGGGGGCUCAGGAGGACCCUGAGCAUCGACGGGCUGCCCAUCGGCAUGAAAUUCGGCUCCGGCAGCGCCAAGCUAUCCUCCCGCGGCGGCGCGCCGCCGCCGUCGUACUCCCUCGUCGAGAAGGGGGUUUUCUACAACAGCUCUGCAUUGCCCGAUUACUCGGCGGGAGAGGGCAUUUCAGUAGAAGAGCGGCGAGCCUUGGCGGCGUGCUACACCGGCGGCGGCUGCCGCAGUCGCGGCCGCAGCGGCAGCGGCAGCGGCAGCGGCAGCGGCAGCGGCAGCGGCAGCGGCAGCGGCAGCGGCAGCGGCAGCGGCAGCGGCAGCGGCAGCGGCAGCGGCAGCGGCAGCGGCAGCGGCAGCGGCAGCGGCAGCGGCAGCGGGCACAAGCAGAGAAGCCGGCGGGGCGCGGGGACGCGCGGGGCGCUGAGCAAGGCGGGUGCCCACGACGACGACGCCGCGUCGUCUCUGGGGCUCCUCUCGCCGGCCGCGUCGAAGGGAGGGCUGUCGGCGAUGAUGGUCGCGGCGGUGGACAAUCAGAAUCAGAAGCGCAAGCCACCGGCGGAAGGAUCUUCGACGUCGUCGCUGCUGCUGGGGGAGGUGGUGAUCUCGGGGUCCAAGAAGCGCUUCGUGGGGUCACGGGAGGACGAGAGCCCUCGCUCCUGCUCCUCGGACAAGGGGUGGGAUCAGCUGAGCAGGCAGCAGCUGGACCUUUACGACAAGCAGCAGCGGGAGCAACAGCAGCAGCAGCAGCAGCAGCAGCAGCAGGCUGGUUCUGAGGGGGAGGGAUCAACGGUGCGGCGGGUGCGGAGGUCGGGCUCGACUGCGUCGCUCCGGGAAGCGAAGCGAAACAUCCCGGCCGUACUGCUCGCCUCCCUAGAAGCGAACGGCGUCACGCUGCCGACCCCGCUGCAGGAGUCUGUCUGGAGCAUCGGUCGAGGCGCCGACAGGGAGGAUCUGCUCGUGCACGAAAAAAUUUCAAAAAGUGACCUGGAUCUUCCAGAUGGAAAAUCGCUCGAGCCAAUCAAAUAACAUAGAACGCUCCGAAGAACCCCAACAGAACCAAAAACACCCGGCUCCCACACGCGAGUGCGACCGCUCUGCCUCCUCUUUCUUAGCCUUCUCGUCCUUCAGCGCCUCGGUGCUCUGUCGCGCGAGCUCCUGAGCAAUGCUGCACCCAGCGGCGCUCGCCGCCUCGCGCUGUCUACUUUCGAUCAACUCCUGCUCCUUUUCUACCAGCGCUUUCUGCGCGACGGCAACACCGCCCCUUUCGAUCGCGCGCAGUGUGUGCGUUGCUCCGGCCGCGUCGGCAAAGGUCCGCCCCUCCCGCUCUAUAUGUUUGCGUUUGUUUUUCUUGAGGUUGCGACGAAAUCGAUUUUUUCUUCCCACGCCGAAGGCGGAGCGUUUGCGUUUUUUGGGGACCUCGACCGCGGUACUUGGCGUGCUUGACUGGCCAUUUUCAGACAUGCGGUUCUCGCUGGAAGUUUGUGCGAUUCUAGUUCGGUUUCUUGCGUUGUGUCGCUGAAAACCCGAGGCUGUGCGCUGCGGAUCCGCUGUUCUACGAUCACCAAACGCGGCCACGAGCGUGAGCCUUCAAACCGAAUUUCAUAAGGUUUUCUGUGUUGUUCGCCCGCCCUUUGAACGUCAGUAGAAAACGAACCCGCAGUCACGUGUAGAUGACCUGGAUGACCUGUCUCAAGAUGUGUGUAACGUAUGAAGAGCCACAUCGCUGCCUGGACGCAGGGACUCUUGAACAAACAUACGGAGG